CCCGGGCGCGCGCCGGAGGCAUGGAGCGCUGCCCCAGCCUAGGGGUCACCCUCUACGCCCUGGUGGUGGUCCUGGGGCUGCGGGCGACACCGGCCGGCGGCCAGCACUAUCUCCACAUCCGCCCGGCGCCCAGCGACAACCUGCCCCUGGUGGACCUCAUCGAACACCCAGACCCUAUCUUUGACCCCAAGGAAAAGGAUCUGAACGAGACACUGCUGCGCUCGCUGCUCGGGGGCCACUACGACCCGGGCUUCAUGGCCACCUCGCCCCCCGAGGAGCGGCCCGGCGGGGGCGGGGGUGCAGCUGGGGGCGCGGAGGACCUGGCGGAGCUGGACCAGCUGCUGCGGCAGCGGCCGUCGGGGGCCAUGCCGAGCGAGAUCAAAGGGCUAGAGUUCUCCGAGGGCUUGGCCCAGGGCAAGAAGCAGCGCCUAAGCAAGAAGCUGCGGAGGAAGUUACAGAUGUGGCUGUGGUCGCAGACAUUCUGCCCGGUGCUGUACGCGUGGAACGACCUGGGCAGCCGCUUUUGGCCGCGCUACGUGAAGGUGGGCAGCUGCUUCAGUAAGCGCUCGUGCUCCGUGCCCGAGGGCAUGGUGUGCAAGCCGUCCAAGUCCGUGCACCUCACGGUGCUGCGGUGGCGCUGUCAGCGGCGCGGGGGCCAGCGCUGCGGCUGGAUUCCCAUCCAGUACCCCAUCAUUUCCGAGUGCAAGUGCUCGUGCUAGAACUCGGGGGCCCCCUGCCCGCACCCGGACACUUGAUCGAUCCCCACCGACGCCCCCUGCACCGCCUCCAACCAGUUCCACCACCCUCUAGCGAGGGUUUUCAAUGAACUUUUCUUUUUUUUUUUUUUUUUUGGGCUACAGAGACCUAGCUUUCUGGUUCAUGUAAUGCACUGUUUAACUGUGUAGGAAUGUAUAUGUGUGUGUAUAUACGGUCCCAGUUUUAAUUUACUUAUUAAAAGGUCAGUAUUAUACGUUAAAAGUUACCGGCUUCUACUGUAUUUUUAAAAAAAAGUAAGCAAAAGGAAAAAAAAAAAGAACAGAGAAAAGAGAGACUUAUUCUGGUUGUUGCUAAUAAUGUUAACCUGCUAUUUAUAUUCCAGUGCCCUUCGCAUGGCGAAGCAGGGGGGAAAAGUUAUUUUUUUUCUUAAAGUACAAAGAGACGGGGGAACUUUUGUAGAGGACUUUUUAAAAGCUAUUUUCCAUUCUUCGGAAAGUGUUUUGGUUUUCCUUGGACCUCGAAGAAGCUAUAGAGUUCAAUGUUAUUUUACAGUUAUUGUAAAUAUAGAGAACAAAUGGAAUGACUAAUCAUUGUAAAUUAAGAGUAUCUGCUAUUUAUUCUUUAUAAUAUCCCGUGUAGUAAAUGAGAAAGAAGUGCAGAGCAGGAUUAAAGAAAACCACUAAAACCGA